AUGGACUGGUUCAAAAGUGGCCUUCAGGCUGCUCAGAAACAAGCACAGGAGGCUGCAGAGAAAGCAAAGGCUCUUGCGCAACAAGCUUCAGCGCAAGCAAGAGCAAUUGCGGAGCAGGCUUCUGAGCAGGCAAAGGUGCUCGCGGAGCAGGCUUCUGAGCAGGCAAAGGUGCUUGCGGAGCAGGCGACUGAACACGCCAAGGUUUUUGCAGAGCAAGCAUCUGAAAAGGCGAGGCUGGCUUCGGAAAAGGCGAAGACGACCAGCGGCGGUGGCGCAUCCGCAUCUGAUGUAGACCCGGCUGAGCUGGCCAAGUACGGCAUCACGUCAGGACUCCUUGAGACGAUAGCAGGGAUGACAUACAGCACCUUCAGUGACUAUCCCGUGGAGUUGCUUCCCACCACAAACCCUAUGGGCCUCACGACGCCCAUCCCGCCGCCGGGCUUUCGGCUGAGCCCCUGGCAGGAGCGACACGCGCUGCUGGUGCUGACAAAAGGGGACCAGCUCCAGGGACUGCGCUUCGCAUUGUGCCCCAAGCGCAUGAGCGAAGAGGUUUUUUGGAUUAUCUACUUCACGCUGGUGAAGACAUUGCUGCCGUUGGAGGCCUUUGCUAAAGACGCGCUGGAGGGUUCUGCGGCCGGGGAAGCGGUUGCAGCCGUAACGGCGGGGACUCUGAUCUCCGCAUCCCCCAGCGCUAAAAGCUUGCGGGCUGCCCAAGCGGGCACUACAUCGACCAUGCCGGUCUCCACCCACAGCAGCACCUCCCGCCUGGCGGAUGAGGCUGACGAUGAUGAUGACGACGGCGCGGAGGGCGGCGAGGCGGAUCUGGACGAGCUGGAGGAUGAUCCCGAGCUGGCGGCUUACUUGGAGGAAGCUUUGGACGUGGCCGAGGGUGGCGAAGCUGAGGGGAUAUCCGACCUGGGCUCAGCAACGGACGACCUGGACGACUACAUCAACCAACUGGAUGCUGAGCUCGGAGCGGACGGCGGCAGCGGGGAGGGAGAGGGGGGCUCGUCCUCGCCACAACCGAAGCCAGUCCAGGAGGCCGCGUAG